AUGGAAUCCUUCAAGUUCAACAAUGUCAUGCAGAGCGACGGACAGCCAUUCUUGGAAUUUGAGACGAAGCUACGUAAGCAAGUACAGUUGUGCGACUUCAAAUGUGAGGGCGGCAAAUCAUACGAAAAACGAAUGCUGUUCGAUCGCGUCGUAAUUGGUGUACACGUUAAAAAACUACAGCUUAAACUGCUGGAAGCAAAGAAUAAGCAGUUGGAGGAUAUCAUCAAUGAUUCUGUGGAAAACAACACGAUCAACGCAAUGAAUCGCCGAUGCUACAACUGUGGGACGCUUUUCAACUAUAACCAUCCAUCGGAGUGCAAGGCUAAUGGGAUAAUAUGCCAUGUCUGCGGAAAAGCUGGACACUUUGCAAAAUACUGCAAACAAAAGAAGCGCAUGGACAACAACAACAAGCAAGUGGAAAAUGGAGUGACCAACAGCAACGCCAAGUCAUUAGUGGAAGUUGAUCACAAGCUAGCCAAGGGAGCUGGUUGGAAUCAGAAUAAGUGGGUGUGGACUAAACCGAGUUAA